AUGUCCCACAGGGAUCACAGUGCCCUUCAAAUUCCAUGCGGUUACUUAAAUUGUGCACGCUACUUCAAGACUCAGGCAGGGCACAAAAAGCACUGGAACAGUUCACACCCAACAUUCACCGGCAGGGUGUCGCAUACCGCUACAGUCGAAGAUGAGCCUGACGAACUACUGGACAACGACUUCCCCAGGGACCAUAACAAGUUCCCUGCAGGUGACUAUGACCUUUCUGAAGGUUUAUCUGACCUUGGUCAGGCACUCAAUGAACCUGCCAAUUCGGACAACGUCGACACAGAAUUUUGGGGGCCAGGUGAUAGAUUAUACUGCAACUGUCACUCAAAACUAAAUGGACAAUUUCUUGAGGAUGGAGCACCUCCAACUCCACCUCCCAACAAGUCACCUGAUGACUGGACUCCAUACCGGAAUCGUGUUGAGUUCGAGACAGCAGAAUUUCUGUACAUGCGCAACCAAAUGUCUGCUGGGAAUAUCAACAUCUUGAUGGAUCUUUGGGCUGCAACCCUCCUGAAACACAACGACAAGCCACCGUUUGCGGACUGUCGUGAUUUAUAUAAAACCAUUGACGGUACACCAGUAGGUGAUGUCAAAUGGCAAUCGUUCAAGGUCCAGUAUACCGGGGAGAAGCCAGCACACAACAUACCACCCUGGAUGGAUCAACCUUACGAUGUCUGGUACCAAGACCCCCAUGAGGUCAUUUGGAACAUGUUGGCGAAUCCAGAAUAUGCAACAGAGAUGGACUACCGGCCCUACCGUGAGUACUCAACUGACACUGACGAACGCCAAUGGCAGGACUUAAUGUCUGGCAACUGGGCUUGGAACCAAGCGGAUAUUAUUUCUGAAGAUCCAGAAACACUUGGGUCGACAUUUGUGCCAGUCAUACUCGGAAGCAACAAGACUACAGUUUCGGUGGCGACCGGUGCCAAUGAUUAUUAUCCCUUGUAUGCAUCCAUUGGGAAUGUUCGUAACAAUGUCCGACGUGCACAUUGUGAUGCUGUUGCCAUCAUCGGCUUCCUCGCGAUGCCAAAAAGGCCCGGCAUGACAAAACCAGAGGUUGUGCGCUUCGGCGAUGGUCACUAUCGGCAUGUAAUCUAUGGUCUUGGACUGUACAUUGUGGAUUAUGAAGAGCAGGUGCUAUUGGCAUGUAUCGUGCGCUUUUGGUGUCCCAGGUGUAUGUCUCACCGUGACAACUUAGAUGCCAAGUCGUUGUGUUGGUGUCGUGACCAUACAGAAGCGCUUGUUGAAGAGAUAGACUAUGGCGCUCUAUGGCUAGAGUAUGGGAUUGUUAGUGACCUUGUGCCUUUUACAAACAAUUUUCUGCGAGCUGAUAUCCACGAACUUAUCGCACCAGACAUACUGCAUCAACUGAUCAAAGGAACCUUCAAGGAUCACUUGGUUGCAUGGGUCGGAAGAUAUUUGAGAUACGAGCACAGUGAGAAAGAAGCAGAGAGGAUUCAGGAUGAUAUAGAUCGAAGAAUCGCUGUGGUCGCCUCAUUUGCAGGUCUUCGACGUUUUCCAGAAGGCCGGGGAUUCAAACAAUGGACCGGCGAUGACUUGAAGGCGCUCAUGAAGGUUUAUCUAUCUGCUAUUGAAGGCCAUGUCCCAACGGACAUGGUAUGCGCAUUUCGCGCAUUUCUUGAAUUCUGUUAUCUGGUCCGACGUAACAUCAUUAUGGAAUCCACACUAGGUCAAAUCCAGGAGGCUCUCGACCGGUUCCAUCAUUAUAGGGAAAUAUUCAAGUCGACAGGCACCGUCCCCACAUUCUCCUUACCUCGACAACAUGCUUGUUCUCACUAUAUCCUCCUCAUCCGACUUUUUGGUGCGCCUAAUGGCCUUUGCUCCUCGAUUACCGAGACGAAGCAUAUCAAAGCUGUCAAGGAGCCAUGGAGGCACUCCAGUCGCUACAAAGCCCUCGGGCAAAUGCUGGUGACAAACCAACGCCUUGAUAAGCUUGCAGCAGCACGGAUUGAUUUCAAGAGCUGUGGGAUGUUGAAUGGCACUUGUCUGUCAGCAACCCUCAAGAAAUUGACUAGAUCAUAUUUUACUUCAAAUAUUUAUCUAAUAAAGCCUUGGCAUGAUGCAGAAUGCAAACGCGCACGCACUAUACCCGAGUUAUCUGCAGAACUUGCAAUCCCCCAUCUCUCCAAUGUCCUCCGCCGAUUCCUAUUCGAACAAGUGCACCCAGAUGACCAGCGCCCUCCCUCCGAAGUCCCGCUUGCAACAUGCCCUCGAUUCGAUGGCAAAAUUCAAGUCUUCAACUCCGCAUGUUCGACAUUCUACGCGCCCAGCGACUGCAGUGGGAUUAGUGGAAUGCGCCGGGAGCAUAUCCGUGCCUGUCCUGUUUGGAGAAACGAGGCACCCCAGUAUGACUGUGUGUUUGUUAACACAGAUGCAGGUGUCGAAGGAAUGGGGGGCAUGGAUAUAGCCUGUGUAAUGUGUUUUUUCUCCUUCACAUUUGAAGGAGUUGCAUACCCGUGCACUGUUGUGCGCUGGUUCGACAAAGCCAGUGAUGGACCUGACAAGGACACUGGGAUGUGGAUUGUGACCCCUUCGUUUGAUACCGACAAUUUCCCAUCUAUUGGAAUCAUUCAUAUUGAUUCUAUUUACCACGCUGCACACCUCAUCCCAAUCUAUGGAACACAGAACAUUUCAUGCGAUCUCAAGCAUUAUGACUCAUAUGAUGCUUUUCGAGCAUUCUAUGUAAACAAGUUCGCAGACCAUCACACAUUUGAGAUUGCAUCUUAG